AGCAAAUGAAAAAAAUCACAAAAAAUUGAAAACACAAAAUUUGUUCGUCGCGCCGUCGGUGACGAAACUUGUUGAGUGUGUUGCGAGUGUUCAGUGUGUUGAGUGUUGAGAGUGUGUUGCGUGCCGCCACGCCCACAAUUUUUGGUGCCGCCACGUUGCCAGUAAAAGACUUCAAAACGGUUGCCUCACGGUUCGAGUGGAAUGAGCAUAGGGACUCAGGUCUUCCUUUCGAUCGAUCGGUCUACAAAGUCGUUAAACUGAGCCCCAACUUGGAGCCCUACCCCGCCAGCGUGGAGGGCCUGAACAGCCCCAGAGCGGUGGGGAUGGCCGCUACCUCCUAUAUGACACCGCCCAGCGGUGAUCUUGACAUGGCCCUCGGUGGUGGCGGCGGCGGCGGCGGUGGCGGUGGCUAUCACACAUCCUCGCCCCGCUCGGCCGCCGAUGCUGGCGAAAUGAAGUACAUGCAGCAUCACCAUCAUCACCAUGCAGCAGUCGCUGCAGCCGCUGCCUCACAUCAUCAACAGCAGCUGCCAUCGUCGCCGUCGCCCAACGGACAGGUGCAACAGGGCAACAGCUUGGGCGGCCUGACACCGGGCUCUGGGCUGGGCAGCUGGAGUGCUUUGCAUCCGGAUCCGUGGUCCCUGCCCACCCAUCAUACGACGCACCAUCAUCCCGCCGCCGCCGCUGUCGCAGCCGUUGACUCUGUCAAGCAGGAGAUGUCACACUUGUCGCAACAGACGCGCAUCCAACAGGGCAUGGCCUCGCCGCACGCUACAGCCCCGUGGCAUGCACCACAUGCCGGACACUAUGCGCCCACGGGUGGCUCCCCGUUGCAGUAUCAUCAUGCGGCCAUGAAUGGGAUGCUGCACCAUCAUCCGGCCCAUCACCAGGUGGCGCCACUGCAUCAUGCGCUGCGCGGCGAGUCGCCCCAAUUGCAUAUACCACAUCAUAUGGGCGGUGGUGGCGGCGAUCGUGAUACGAUCAGUGGUGGCGAGGAGGACACGCCCACAUCCGAUGAUCUGGAGGCAUUCGCCAAACAAUUCAAGCAGCGCCGCAUCAAGCUCGGCUUCACCCAGGCGGACGUUGGCCUGGCCCUGGGCACGCUCUACGGCAAUGUCUUCUCGCAGACCACAAUCUGUCGCUUCGAGGCUCUACAGUUAAGUUUCAAGAACAUGUGCAAGCUGAAGCCGCUGCUGCAGAAGUGGCUCGAGGAGGCAGACUCCACCACUGGCUCGCCGACGAGCAUCGACAAGAUCGCCGCCCAGGGACGCAAGCGCAAGAAACGCACGAGCAUUGAGGUGAGCGUUAAGGGCGCCUUGGAGCAGCACUUCCACAAGCAGCCGAAGCCCUCGGCGCAGGAGAUCACCUCGCUGGCGGACUCACUGCAGCUGGAGAAGGAGGUGGUGCGCGUGUGGUUCUGCAAUCGGCGCCAGAAGGAGAAGCGCAUGACACCGCCGAAUACGCUCGGUGGCGACAUGAUGGACGGCAUGCCACCGGGACACAUGCAUCACGGUGGCUAUCACUCGCACCACGACAUGCACGGCAGCCCCAUGGGCAACCACUCGCACAGCCACAGCCCGCCAAUGCUGAGCCCACAGAACAUGCAGUCGGCUCACCAGUUGGCGGCUCACUAGCAAUCAGAAAUCCAGGAGUCGAACUCAGCUGCAGCUGCGUCCACUCCUGCAAACAGUCUGCACCAACAGCAACAACAGCAACAGCAACACCAACAGCAGCAACAGCAACACCAACAGCAACAACAGCAACAGCAGCAGCAGCAGCAACAACAGCAGCAGCAGCAGCAGCAUACGCCCAAUACACCUUCAUCUAGUGCGGGCUCCUCGGUGACGAUGACCAGUCAGGGUCAGGUGAUGUCGCCGCAGAGUCCGCUGGGCAGCUCCUCCGCUAAUGGUCAGACGAAUAACAACAACAACAACAACAAUAACAACAGCACCAACAACAACAACAACAACAACAAUGAGGAGCAAGUUAAGCAACAGCAACAGGCAUCCAGCAUAGCAGCCGCUGCAGCAGCUGCCAUGUACAUGGAUCCGAUGCGCUAUCAGCACGCGCAUCAUGCCGCCCAUCAUCCGCACCAGCAUCCGCAUCUGAAUCCCGCGCAUCAUCCGCAUCUAUUCCAUACCAGCGAUCAGCUGCAGCAUCCCCACGCACAGCAUCUGCAGUCGCAGACGCAGGGCAGCAGCAGUUCGCAGUUGUCGCCCGGUGCCGGCAGCAACAGCGGCUUGCCACUGCAGCCGCCGAGUGCCGCCUCGCCGGGCUCGGCGUCGAGUGUGCUGGGCGGUCAUCUCAAUUUGAAUGCCCAUUCGGCGGCGGCACUGCAUCAGCAUCAUCACUACCAGCACCACCAUCACCAGCAGCAUCAUCAUCAUCAGCAGCAGCAGCAGCAGCUGCACGCUCGUCGUCUCUUCGAGCUGAGCCUGCAAUUCGGGGCAGCCGCUGCGCCGGGUGCAGUGCGUCACUUCAAUAGCUUUGGUGGCGGCGGUGCGGGUGGUGAAUAGCAUUCGUCGGCCGCCUGGUUUGGCUACGAGUCCUCCUAGGACACGCUGCCGGACGGGUGGCCGCAAUGCAAGCGCGAGCAGCCCUAAGACCCAGAUGUAGACCCAACUCCAAUGGCACCAAUUGGAGCUCCAAUUGGAAUUUCAGCUCUCGUCUCUUUUCUCGCCCAUUUUGGGGCUGCUCCGUGCCCCCCCCUCCCCCGAAACCCCCCUUUUUACCAGUGCAUUAAUCUGUGUUACAACCAAUUAGUUAGGGCAGUGGAUCAGUUAGCUGAAUACUCUUCGUCUUCUUCUUCUUAUUCUUUUGUAUACAUAUAUAUACAGCUCUCUCAUG